CAUCAUCAUUCCUCCAUCACUCCGUGACCGGGUACUCCAGGCAUUGCAUUCAGCCCACCAGAGUGUCACCAUGAUGUGCUCACGGGCAGAGUCCUCAUUCUUCUGGCCGGGCAUGACUCCUGCCAUCACUGAGAUACGGGCACGCUGCUCUCCCUGCAACCGCAUGGCACCUUCACAGCACGGCCUGUACAGCCGGACUAUCCAUUUCAAUGCAUCGCCGCUGACUACUUCAUCUACCGUGGUCGGAACUACCUGGUUGUGUUGGAUCGGCACAGCAACUGGCCGAUCGUUGAGCAGGCCGCCAAUGGUGCCAAAGGACUAAUUGCUGCCCUGCGCCGCGUCUUCGUGACUUUCAGCAUCAACGACGAGCUGUCAUCGGAUGGUGGCCCCGAAUUUGCGGCAGGCGCCACCCGCAAUUUUCUACGUGACUGGGGUGUGAAUCACCGAACGUCAUCCGUUGCUUUCCCCCACAGCAACUGCCGCGCAGAGGUGGGGGUCAAGACUGUCAAGCGCCUCCUCACUGACAACACUGACGCUGAGGGCUCUCUCAACACGAAUGAGUUCCAACGCGCCAUCCUCCAGUACCGCAACACGCCUGACCGUGAUACACAUCUCUCCCCCGCCAUGUGUGUCUUCGGACGCCCCAUCCGUGAUUUCAUUCCCAUUCACCCGGGGAAGUACCAACCGCACAGCACGUGGCGCGAGACAUUCACAUCCCGGGAAGAGGCUCUGCGUAACAGGCACAUGCGCUCUGCCGAGCGCCUAUCAGAGCACACCCGCCCUCUCCCACCACUGACCAUCGGAGACUACGUUAGGAUCCAGAAUCAAACUGGCCCCAACCCGACAAAGUGGGACAAAACCGGGAUCGUAGUGGAGGUGAGGCAAUUCGACCAAUACGUCGUGUGGGUUGAUGGCUCUGGUAGAGUUACUCUCCGGAACAGGAAGUUCCUGCGGCAAUACAUCCCAGUCAUCCCACGUGCACCACUCCUGAUGGCACCUGGCCCACCAACACCGCCGGUACCUGCACCCCUCCCUACUCCGGGCCGGGGACCUACUGCACCUGCACGAGUGGCUGGCCAGCUGCUACCCGCCACCCCAGCCACACCAACGGCUGAGUCUCGCCCUACUGGUACCAGCCUGCCCCCUAUUCGGACCGACUUGGCCUCGACACCUCGAUCUCCCGCCAUGGCUUCUCCAUCAACGGCUCUACCAUCACCACCGAGCCUAGCAGCCAACGGCCGAGUCCCCCGAGCCCUUCGUGCCCUGAUGCCUCACAACGCCCCAGGCCUGAAGGAACCGCUAGCCCCUGCUGUGGCGCCCCCAUCUCCCCUGCGCCACCGCCGGGAUGACCGCCGGAUGGGUCGGGAUGACACUUAGUAUUUGACCCUCUCGGGCUUCAUAGACCUUUGGCAUAUCGUUGCACACAUAUACUUUAGACUUUGUGCGCGGAUGUUAUACUUACGAUAAGUGUUCAUACUUUUUCAUGUUUUUGUAGUCGGGGAUGCCGUACAUUAUUUCGUCUUUGUCGUUCCCAAAGACUGGGGGGGGGGCAUAUAGGACUAUGUCCUCACACUUAUUUCGUUUCUUUUGUCUUACGUGUUUUAGACGCUGUUAUCAUUGGUUGAUGAUGAAUAAAACUAGUACGAACAUCAGCUAAAGAGUUGAACUUAUUGAUAAACUAAGACAAAAGAGGGCAGUAUAGAACAAUGGUUGAUAUUAUAUAUAUAUCUUUUCACUCAAUUCUGAUUAGGACCUGCUCAUAAUGUAAUCUCUUUCACUAAUGUUAUGGUUAGUAACGUUACAAUCCUUACAGCCAGUUGAAUUUUAUCAAGGAUCAAUGCAUAAGACUGCAACUGACUGUUCAAGUUUCUCUCUUUUAAUCACUGGGAAAAAAGACAUUGCCCUUAAAAGAAUGCAAAAGAACUGCAAUGACAUUUUUAUUACUAUGUAAUUAGACUGCAUCA